CGCUCUUCCUCCCUCGCGGGUCUGGUUCGGCGGCAGCGCCUUCGCUAGGCGGCUGAGCGGCUCCGCAGGCCAGCAGCAUGGGCGUGGAGAGUCCGGGCGAGCGCCCGGCUCCGGCUCGGCGGCGGCACGGCUGCCGGCGGGUGCGGCUGAUGUGCAUGCUGGCGCUGACUUUCGGCUUCUUCGUCGUGGAGGUGGUGGUGAGCCGCCUGACGGCCUCCCUAGCCAUGCUCUCGGACUCCUUCCACAUGCUCUCGGACGUGAUGGCUCUGGUGGUGGCCCUCGUCGCCGUGCGCUUCGCCCAGCGCACCCGCGCCACCAAGAAGAACACCUUCGGUUGGGUGCGGGCCGAGGUGAUGGGCGCCCUGGUCAACGCCGUCUUCCUGACCGCGCUCUGCUUCACCAUCCUUCUGGAGGCCAUCGAGCGCUUCACCGAGCCCCAUGAGAUCGAGCAGCCCUUAGUGGUCAUCGGCGUCGGAGCCGCCGGGCUGCUCAUCAACGUCCUGGGGCUCUGCCUCUUCCACCAACACGGCGCCGGCGGCCACGGCCACUCGCAUGGCGGGAACGGAGGGGGAAACCACCGCCGGAGCGGCUCCCGAGGCAAGGCGGAGCCGCCUCCAGACGACCUACAUAAAGAAGAGGAGACCAACACCCUGGUGGACAAUUUCAGCAGCUCCAAUGGAGUCAGCCUGGAGAAGCUGGGUGAUGCGGUAAAAGAGAGCCAAAUGGAACUGCAACCAAAUGGAAAUAUUAGCAGUCACUCCUCUAUAGACAUGGAGGUUGAAGAAGACACUAGUGCUCAGCUCAAUAUGCGUGGAGUAUUCCUUCAUGUUCUUGGAGAUGCCUUGGGUUCUGUUAUUGUAGUAGUGAAUGCCCUAAUAUUUUACUCUUACUGGACUCCAUGCCCGAAGGUUGGGGAUUGCAUCAAUCUGUGUGUUAAUGACCAUUGUAAAAACUUCACUCAUUUUUCUCCAACUGAACUAGAGCAAAUUCCUGUAGCUGGUCCUUGCUGGGUUCUAUAUUUAGAUCCUGCACUGUGUCUGAUCAUGGUUUGCAUUCUACUCUAUACUACUUAUCCUCUGCUUAAAGAAUCCGCCCUUAUUCUUUUGCAAACUGUUCCUAAGCAAAUUGAUAUUCGCUCUUUAAAUGAGAAACUCCGUAAACUGGAAGAAGUAGAAGCUGUCCAUGAAUUGCAUGUUUGGCAGCUGGCAGGAAGCAGGAUAAUUGGCACUGCUCAUAUAAAAUGUAAGGAUCCAGAAACGUACAUGAAAGUGGCAAAAGAUAUUAAGGAGAUUUUCCAUGAUGAAGGGAUACAUGCAACAACCAUUCAGCCUGAGUUUGCCGUUGUAAGCUCUGAUGAUGGUGUGAGUAAAUGUGAACUUCCGUGCAGAACCCAAUGUGCUCUGAAGCAGUGUUGUGGGAGUGUGGAAAAGGCUACUGCAAAGAAGAUAGAAAAGUCCCCUUCAAUUAGUAUUUCUUGCUCUGAAAUAGUGAUUGACUCUCCACAUCACAAAACCCGGAGGACUAAAUCAGAAUGCAUACCAGCUGUAAAAUUAGAAGCAGAGCCUAAUCCCAGCAAACAAUUUGAAUCAUCUUUGUAAUUCCCAAAGUUAUGCUGAAUUGAAGUAUGGAUUCAACUACAAAUUGAUUGCAAGAGGAAAGACUACUAUUAAAAAGAGAAGUUGCAAAGAAAUGUAGUUGGUGAAGUUCCUGUCCUUGUCACAACAGUGAAAUCCUGUUGAAAAGAACAUGCUGUCCUGACACAACAUGUUUGUGUUAACUUGAGGCUAACUAGCACAACAAUUAUGCAGAGCCAGUUUCAACUUUCUGCCUGAUGCAUUUUUGUUGAAUUAAAAAUUAAAAUGAUUCUUCAAUAAUUCCCUUUUCCCUGAAAUUAGUUUGUAUUAAGCUUCUUUUUGGGAUUGUUCUUUCUGCUUGUUGAUUUGUGUGUGUGCUACCUUUUUUAAAAUUACAGCUAUAAAGAGAGGACACCAAAUUUGACAGAAUCUUUUUAAAAAGUUAAUUGCUUGGGAAAUGGUUAGAUUUCCUAUUAGGUGAAAAUGAAUGCUAUUUUAAAUAAAUAUACUAUGUAGCAUUAAUAAUGGCAUUUUAAAACAUAUCCAGCAACAUUGACAAAGAUCCCAUUUUUGUAUUGGUCCUGUGAUAUAACAAAAAUCAGUUGCUUACUAAAUAGGAAUUGGAAAAUUACUUGCAUAUUACCUGGACUGUAAGAUUAGCUGUUCAGACAAAAACAGGAUACACUUUUUUUCUCCUUACCUUUUUCCUUUUAAAUAUUAUAUAGAUCUUAGAAUUUAAACUCUAUAAUAGAGUUUGCUGGGACUAGAGAGCCAGAGCUGGUCUCUGUCUUAGCAGUGUGGCGUACCAGAAUAGAGAUAUUGCCUCUGAUUUAUAAUUAUAAAAAAAAACCUGGGGAAAAAACAUAACUAAUCAAAUUCAUCAGCAUAUAUUGCUAAAACUUUAAUAUAUUUCUUACUUUUGUAAAAGUAUUUAUGACUUUACUGAGCCAUUUAUUUUUUUGUUGGAUAAAAUUACUUAGCUGGAAUACUUUAUUCGUAGUGAACUCUAGGCAGCAGCCUAUGGAACAAGAUUGCCGUCUGCAGCGCUGGUUAUAAACUUUAUUUGUAACAGGAAUGAAUUUCAGUAAGCUUAGAGCUGAUGGGCACACCCAUUUCUCUCCAGCGCAUCCAUGAGGACUAGUGAUGAGAAGUUUUUGCUUAUUAGCUUCAGUUUAGGGUUCUACCCAAAUCCUAAACCAUUGUCUUAAUUCCUAGUUUGAAGUCUUUUUUCAAACAAAUUGAAGGAACAAGUUUGAAUUGGCUGAAAUUGUUACAGAGAAAUGUGGUUACUGUGAGCUACAGUUUGUCAGGUUUGGAAAAGCCAAAAAGUGAUUUAUCAGAAUACUUCUGGCUUUCUUUUGGCCAUAUAGGAGAGGGGACAGGAAGACAUGUGAGCCAAAGUCUCAGUGCAAUUUAUUCCAGUUGUAGUAAACUCAUCUUCCCCAACUGUAUUCUAGAUGAUUUGGACCAUCAUCUACAGCAGUAUGCCCAAUAGUUAGAGGAGUGAUAAGGUAAGUUAGUCCAAAACAUUUGGAAGGCACUAGAUUUCUGAACACUGUUAUAAAUUAUGGUUAUUCUGAUGUCUUAACUGCCUUCAGUCAGUACUCUUACCUGUGACAGUUUGCAUAGUCCAACACAAUUCCUGCUUAAUUCAAUCUUGUAUCCACUGGAAGAUUUUAAAGGCAAUUCCACAAAGUACUUUGUAAAAUGAAGUAGAGGAAAGUUUCUCAAGUCUAUUAGUCACUUGUGCAUGAAUUUAUAGACCUGCUCUAGCUUCUUAAAACAUUAUGGUUCCACUGGUUACAAGUUUUAAACCGCACAGCCAGCUUUUGUUUUCACUUCCAGAUUAUUAAAAAUAGGGCUGAUUACACAUUCUGAGUUUACAUUAAUGUCAAUUAAUAAUGAAGCAUUUUUAGAGCUGUUAACUUUUUUUCCAAUAGUGUAUAAGAUUCUAAAAUGCAUAGAGAAAAGACACAACAAGGAAAGUGUGUAGGUGAGGUGAGUGUUGCAGUCCUCCUUUAUUUUACAUAAUAAAGCUAUUCCACAGUUAACAUUAUGGUGCGUUAUAACAUUUUACUUCUAAAAUGAUCAAGUACAUUUGCAAAGCAUUUGUGUUUCUUUUGUUUUAAAGGCCACCUGUUAAUACUCAUAAUUUGCUUCCCAUAUAUCAUUCCAAGCAUGAAAUAAUUGUGCGAUAUAAUUCUCAUGUUGCUAGCCUAAUUGAAAAAAAUGGUGUCAGAACUCUGGAAAUGUGCAAGCAUGAAUGUAUGAACGGACACAAAAAAGUUAAAUAAUAUUAUAAAAUAUUAUAAAUUAGAAGUCUUGCAGCUAAAGCUUCCUAAUUUUUGAAUGCUUUAAAGUUUGGAUUCAUUAAAAAAAUUACAAGCCUCACUUUUCAACUUCUUAGCAUGAACUGGUUUUUAUUUAGGUUAGUUUGUGUACCCAAUGGAAUAUACAGUAAUGGGCUGUUUCUGAUUUUUAUUUCUUCUUUCAAAAGAAACUUUGCUGCAUCAUCUCAGUAAAGCACAAAGUUUAGCUUUCAUUUGAGUAUGCAAUACAGUGAUAAAAUAGGAAAGCAUCUUACAUGUUUGCUGAGUUUGGUCCUGCUUUUUAUUGUACAACAGCUUGUUUUUGUGGCAGAAUAUGUUGUAUCCAUAUUUUCACAGGUAAUGUUUCAGGAAUAUUAGCUAGGUCAUUUCCUAGUUAUAUCUGAAAUAAAAUUGAACACCUUGAAUAUCUUCAACUACAGGAAGCUUUUUUUUUCCUUUUUGUACUUGAUUAUAUUGAAUAUUGAAGCCAAUUUUGCAAGCUAUUUUUUCUUCUGAGUGGCACUGUAUUGGGGGGUGGAAUGUUUCAGUUAGAGUUAGACCAGUGAUAGUGGACACAUUCUGCUCAGUAUAUGCUUUUGUGAUAAACUUACUUAACCUACAAUAAAUGUGAGAUUGCUAUGUGAAUCUAUUUUGCUACAAUUUCACAUGAUUUUUUCCCCAGAAGUUAUAGUGUAUAUAUUCAUCGUGUGCAGUAUGUGUUUCAUCACAAAUGCACAGUUGGGUGAGUGCUGUGUCACUGUAUGAUACAUAACAUUGAAAGUACUCAGAUGAUGGUAAACAAUGGGACUAUUGCUACCUAAGUGUUUGAAAGAGUGGCCUGUAAAAGAAAGAUAGGCCUUUCCAAGCAGGACUGUGUGUUUAAAAGUGUUACUGAAAGUUUUGCAGAAUGCUUCAAAACUACUUGAAAGAAGUACUGCUCCAGAUGUCUUUGUUAAGGUUUGCCUUUCUUUCAGCUGUGAGCAUUGGGCACUCUUGCUCUAUGUAAAGCAGUUUGCAGCUGGGGCCUGUAUUGGAGAGAACCGAGGUACUGAGUCCAUUGAGUUAAUGGGAAACUGUUGGGGGUAAAAUGCACUUUCUGACACUUCUCCUUGAUGGGGGAAAUCAUUUUAACUCUGCAUCUCCUCUUUUUUAUUUUUUAAAGUUUUAUGAAACAUGUAUUGCAUAUGUAAGGGUAUUAAGUACAAUAUUUAAAUAUGCUGCUUUAAUUUCACAACAGCAUCAAUGUAGCAUUUUUGGGACUCUGGCUUAUGUUUACAGAACAAUUAUUGAAUAUUAUAAUGUAGUUUGUUUCUGUCUUGCACCAUCUCAUUGCCUCUUGGUGGAUUGAAUGGUACUAAUAUUUCAUGUGCCUGAAAUAAGGUAUUUGAUCAUAUUCUCCUUCUUCUGUGUUAAACCAAAUGCAGCCUUACUGAUAACAGGAGCUUUCAUUCAUUUGUAUGAUCUUGGGUUAUGUCAUUAAACUGCCUGUGUGAAGAUCACUUCCAUGUCUUAGAAAUAUGUGAGCCUGAUUUUUUCACCACUUGCUGUAUGUAUGUAUUAAAGUCUUCUUGAGCAUAGUUUCUGAAUCCACAUGCUCUGCUGUAGGGAGGGAGGCAACUCCUUUUGUGCUGUAUGGGUUGCAUUUGAAACUAGUGUUUGGGAGAUUUAGCUGGUAUAUCUAUAUUGAUUACAGUACUAUCGAUAACAAUGAGCUUCUGUUAAAUUCUGCUAUGGUGUUUCUUUGCAUAUAAACUAAAGAUUGAGAAGGAAAUAAAUGUUGCUAAAUGAA